GAAGAGAAAGUAGGUGAGUGUGAGAGAUUGGCUGGGAAACUGCGGAGAGAUUAUAUCCAACUUGAGGGGAUUAGUAGGUGGAGUGGAGUGACACACAGCAGGACACAGUUGGAGUGUCGUCCAGGAGGGACGGAGUGACUCCCAGAAGCCACAGCAGGGGAGCCGGGCCCUUUGCUACUUCCUUUUUCCUCCCUCUUACUCAGAAUCGUAAGGAGGCAGAAGCUCACAGCUGCCGACGGAGGUAUACUUUCUCACAUAGAUUUAAACACAGAGGAGCUAUGGGGACUGUGAGUGAGCUCUGCGUGUCCAGUCUUCAGACGUUCCUCUGUCCGGCUGUGAAGCCGCUCCAGCAAGAUCCAGUACCGGAAGACCUCACCCCAGAGGAGCAGCAGGAGCUGGAGAAUAUCCGCCUGCGCAAGCAGGAGCUGCUCGAGGACAUCCAGCGGCUGAAGGAUGAGAUAGCAGAAGUGACGAGUGAGAUCGAGAACCUGGGUUCCACUGAGGAGAGGAAAAAUAUGCAGAGGAAUAAACAGGUGGCCAUGGGCCGAAAGAAAUUUAACAUGGACCCCAAAAAGGGGAUCCAGUUCCUGAUCAUGAACGACUUACUGAAGAACACCAGUGACGAUAUUGCUCAGUUCCUCUACAAGGGCGAAGGCCUCAACAAAACAGCCAUUGGGGAUUACCUGGGAGAAAGAGAUGAUUUCAAUAUCCAAGUCCUUCAUGCCUUUGUGGAGCUACACGAGUUCACAGACCUCAACCUGGUUCAGGCACUAAGACAAUUCCUCUGGAGUUUUCGGCUUCCGGGAGAAGCUCAGAAGAUCGACCGCAUGAUGGAGGCUUUCGCUCAGCGCUACUGCACAUGCAACCCUGGUGUUUUCCAGUCCACAGACACUUGUUACAUCCUAUCAUUCGCCAUCAUCAUGCUGAACACGAGCCUCCACAACCCCAAUGUGAAGGACAAACCCACUGUGGAGCGGUUCAUCUCCAUGAACAGAGGAAUCAACGAUGGAGGAGACUUACCUGAAGACCUGCUCAGGAAUCUGUAUGAGAGCAUCAAGAACGAGCCGUUCAAAAUCCCAGAGGAUGACGGCAACGACCUCACACACACUUUCUUCAACCCAGACAGAGAGGGCUGGCUGCUCAAACUGGGGGGACGAGUGAAAACCUGGAAGAGGAGGUGGUUCAUCCUCACGGACAACUGUCUGUAUUACUUUGAGUACACCACAGAUAAAGAACCAAGAGGAAUCAUCCCACUGGAGAAUCUGAGCAUCAAGGAGGUGGAGGACAAGAAGCCUAAUUGCUUUGAGCUUUUCAUUCCCGACAACAAGGACCAGGUUAUAAAGGCAUGCAAAACAGAGGCUGAUGGACGCGUCGUUGAGGGGAAUCACACCUUCUACCGCAUCUCCGCUCCAACUGCAGAGGAGAAAGACGAAUGGAUAAACAGCAUCAAGGCUGCCAUCAGCAGGGAUCCUUUCUACGAGAUGCUCGCCGCCAGGAAGAAGAGGGUGUCAUCCAUGAAGAGGCACUAAGACUGCUCAACUCUCCAGACGUUGCACUUGACGGAGCAGGCAGUGGGCCUGUACGCUCGCCCUGUCUGGGCCAGCGUAGAGGCCACGGUUGAGGUCUGUCUCAGACCUCUCAUGGGGACUUCUUUAGGAUACAAAUUAGACCUGGCUUUUGGACUCUACAGGCCAGAACAACAGGAAGCAUGCUGCGGUUUCUAGAUAAGAGUCAGGGUCAAAGCCUCCUCUAACCUCCCGUCUGAAUGUGUCUCUUUCUCUCUCAGCUUUGUAUGCUGUCUCUCUGUGAGGUCGGAGGGGAUUCUUGCUGUGUAAUUCUGCAAAAUCCCCUUCGAAGAUGCUUUAAAAAUACACGAUUCACACAAACAUUGCACACAUACACAAACAGGCAUACACUCAUGCAGUCCCCCGUAGCACACAUCGUUAUAACUCAGCAGGUCUGACAGAGUGUGGCACCCCAACCAAAAUAUUCCUCACUUUCUGAAAGAAAAGCAAAGAUUUUUGGUAUGUGCUUUAAUAUGUUUGGGUAGUGUGUGUCUAUUUUUACA